AUGACAGAACCCGAGACCCUGGCCCUGCUGGAAGUGAAGUGGCCUGAGGCCCUGGAGAAGAGCCCACCCCAGGCCUUGGUCCCCAAUGGCCAGAAGCUGGAAGGGGAAGAUGGGGUUGAGUCCCUUGGAGUUGAGUCCUCUAGAGUGGGGUCUUCGGCUGAGUCUCCCACAGCCAGAGAGGGGACCGAGGAUGGUCUAGACAGCACAGCCACCCACCCUGAGCCCCCGGAGUGCAAGUGGGCUGAAGCAGUGGUGAAGCCGCCUGGCCACUCCUGUGGGGGCUGUGGGGGCUGUGGGGGUCGAGAGGUGCUGAGAGCCGUGGCCUCGGUGGGAGCCACCCUCAUCCUCUUCCCCUGCCUGCUCUACGGGACAUAUGCCUUCCUGCCCUUCGAUGCCCCACGCCUGCCGACCAUGAGCUCCCGCCUCCUCUACACCUUGCGCUGUGGGGUCUUCGCCACCUUCCCCAUUGUACUGGGGAUCCUGGUGUACGGGCUGAGCCUGUUGUGCUUUUCUGCCCUUCGACCCUUUGGGGAGCCACGGCGGGAGGUGGAGAUCCAUCGGCGGUAUGUGGCCCAUUCGGUCCAGCUCUUCAUCCUCUACUUCUUCAACCUGGCCGUGCUUUCCACCUACCUGCCUCAAGAUACCCUCAAACUGCUCCCUCUACUCACUGGUCUCUUUGCCAUCUCCCGGCUCAUAUACUGGCUGACCUUCGCUGUGGGCCGCUCCUUCCGAGGCUUUGGCUACGGCCUGACGUUCCUGCCCCUGCUGUCCAUGCUGAUGUGGAACUUCUACUACAUGUUCGUGGUGGAACCUGAACGCAUGCUCACUGCCUCUGAGAGCCGCCUGGACUGCCCUGACCAUGCCCGCUCAGCCUCAGACUACAGGCCCCGCUCCCGGGGCUGA